UGUCUCCUCACCUCUUUCUCUUUUAUCGUCUUGGACUGUUCAGCUAUGUCUCGGCGGGUGGUCCAGGUCCAGCCGGAGGGCAGGGUUCAUGAGGCUAGUCAGUGGAGCACUGGCCUGUGUGAGUGCCAUAAAGACAUAGGGGAUUGCUGCUUUGCCCUGUGCUGCCUCCCAGUGUUUACCUGUAAAGUGACCAGUGCAGUUGGUGCUUGUCCCUGCCUGCCUCUGCUGGACUGUAUCGGCUGUGUACCGCCGGCCUCUCUCGCCAUGAGGGCAUCUGUCAGAGAACGAUAUGGCAUACAGGGGAGUGUGUGGAGCGACUGCCUAUACGGCUGCUGCUGCUAUCCUCUAUCUUGGCUCCAGAUCUCCAGAGAGCUGAAGAGAAGAGCAGCAUCCCACGCCUCCACCUCCUCCUCACCAGCCAGAUACACCGCCCUGACCUCCCUGCAGGGGGCGCACUUGGUCUAGACACAUCCAUUUCUUCUGGCCUGACCCACCACCAGUCCUCCAGAGCACAUGAGUUGAUUUAAUCACACUUCCUCUGGUCUGCAGCCACUCCCUGUUACCUCUGAUAAUUCAGCAGGGACACAAUGUGUCCUGCAGAGAGGAAAGUUCAGUUUGUCCAAAGAUGAAGUGAAAGAACUGUGAUAAAAGUCAUUUUCAUGUUAGCUUGGGUCACCAAUCAUCUUAUUAGAUCAUACUCCUUCAGUGGGGGAAAAUAAGUUCAUUUACUCAAGUACUGUGCUUAAGUACAGUUUUGAGAUGCUUGCACUUUACUCAACAAUUUCUACUACUAUUUACUGAUUACCUUUCAUAUUAAGAUUUUACACAACAAACAAAUAAAGUACAAGUUACUGUUA